CUAAGCACAUAAAUCGCACCUGUUGCCAUCGAUUUGGCAUCAGAUGCUUUUCAAAGGAUCAUAUCAUGAAUUACAACAUAAUCUUUUCAGAAACAUUCUUUUACUUUGUCUUCAACCCAAAGGAUGAAGAAGAAACAAAGUGUUUUCUAAUCAGAUUCAAAUUUGAAUACCAAAAGCAGUAUAAAUACUUGUCUUCUGUAAACCAUACCUCAACUCCAUGCUUUUCUUUCAAUCAUGACCUAUGAACAACCACCAAACCCCUCCAAGAGAUGCAAUUUCCUCAAGGAUGCUCUUGCAACCUGCCAUACUUUCUGCACAAAGAUUUCUUUUCAAACCCCAGACCUCGAACAAGAAGAUGAUGAUGUCAGUGAUUACGACGAUGAACACCAAGUUUUUGUUUCAGCAGUGCUAAGUAGAUACAUGGAAGCAAAGUCAAAGAGGAAGGUUGGACUUACAGUUGAUAGCUUCAUAUGGGGUUUCUCCCCAACUGAGUUACUUCCCACCAAAAAGGAAACACAGCAUGCAAGUGAUGUUGAAGAUAUGGAUGAAUUCUACUCUUCUUGUAGUCAUCUUUCUCGAUGCUCAAGCGCUACAACUGCAGAAGCAUUUAAGUCUGUAAAGACAAAUCUUUCUCGAUGUUCGAGUACAGGUAGUUUUGAAUUCCCAAUCUUCAGGAGGAGGCGGUCUAUCAUUCGAGAGCUUUGUCAUUGUGAGGGCUGGCCUUUUGGUCUCUGUAGGAAGGCUCUUCUUGUUCCACCUCUGCCUAAAUCACCAUCUGAAUCUUGGUUGUGGCGUAAAACCACCAGAAUUAUCAAGAUACCUUAAUUCCUUCUGUG